CGCUCAACCCACACUCCACGCAUUCGCACAGUCUCCCUCACUCACUCGCCUACAAAAACAGCCUCUUCUACUUCUCCUUCUCUCACGGCUUCAGCGGUAAGGAUCGACAGGGGUGUUUAGUGUUUACUGUAUUUUUGAGCUUUAGGGGGAGAAAGCAUGUCAUCGGCGGUGAAGUUGCCAUCUCAGGAAAGUCACGACGAGAGCAACGAAUGGCUGGAUUCGUUUCAGAAACCCGAUCCUACGGCUGCGAAUCUGUCACUUCCGACGGAGACUUUUCUCAAGGCCGCCAUGUCUCUCAAGGACCAGGUGGUAGAGGCGACGUGGAAAAGAGGUGGCGAAGGAUGGAGAAAAGGCAUAGACCCGACCGUACACACCGGCUUGCUGGGGACAGCGUUCGCCUGCUUGAGGUCGUACGAGUCAACCGGCAGGCAGCAAGACCUGCUAUUGUGCGCUGAGAUUGUUGACUCGUGUGCCAUGACCUCACGUGAGUUCACAAGGCAUGUGACGUUUUUAUGCGGUAGCGGAGGAGUUUAUGCGCUUGGGGCUGUGGUUGCUGACCAUAUUGGGGACUAUCAAAGGCGGGACAUGUAUUUGGAUCUCUUCCUUGAGGUGGCGCAAGAGAGAGCCCUCCCUGUUGGUCCUGAGGAAGGUGGUUUUGGAAUGUCAUAUGAUCUUCUUUAUGGGCGAGCUGGGUUUUUGUGGGCAGCUUUGUUUAUAAACAAGCAUCUCGGGGAGCAGACAUUGCCCAAUGACCUUAUCAUGCCUGUUGUCAAUGCUGUGUUAGCCGGGGGCAGGGCGGGUGCAUCUGCUAAUACAACAUGCCCACUUAUGUACAGAUGGCAUGGGACAAGGUAUUGGGGUGCAGCACAUGGCCUAGCUGGAAUCUUGCAGGUGCUCCUUCACUUCCCUCUAUCUGAAGAGGACAGUGAGGAUGUUAAGGGGACGUUAAGAUAUAUGAGGAGUAAUAGGUUUCCUCACAGUGGAAAUUACCCCUCAUUUGAAGGGAACCCAAGGGACAAACUGGUGCAGUGGUCUCACGGUGCAACUGGUGUGGCCAUCACUCUGUGUAAAGCAUCCCAGGUGUUUUCAAGGGACAGGGAGUUCCGAGAUGCAGCCAUAGAGGCAGGGGAAGUUGUGUGGAAGAAUGGACUGGUGAAGAAGGUGGGACUUUCGGAUGGUGUGGCUGGGAAUGCUUACGCUUUCCUGUCCCUUUAUCGUCUAACAGGGGAGCCUGUAUAUGAAGAAAGAGCAAAGGCAUUUGCAAGUUUCUUGUAUCAUAAUGCAGGGAAGCUUGUGACUGUUGGACAUGCUGGUACCACUGAACAUGCAUACUCCCUUUUCCAAGGCCUUGCUGGAACGGCUUGCCUCUUGUUCGAUCUGCUUAGCCCAGAAAAUUCCAGAUUCCCAGGGUAUGAACUUUAGGCCAAAAAAUGAAAUGAGGGAAGUUGAUCUGAAGUCUCCUUUAUACUAGAAAUACAACCUAACAUGUACGUAUAUGUGCUCUUUAGAGAAGUGCUGUGAUAUCAAGCAGGAAAGGAAUAUGAAGAGGUGCCAUCAUCUGGUUCCCAUCUUGAUUUUCCUUGCCAGAUGUUGAGUAACAUAUCACUUGUUACUAUCACAAAAUGUGUAUCUGAGUUUGACUAUAUUCUAAUCCUUGCAUAUCUUGGUGUUCGAAGAUUAUGGAUCCCUGGGAAUAAAUGUUCAUACCUCGUA